AUGGGUCUGUGGGUGCGCCUUUGCCCCUGUGUUUGUGGGGCCGACUGGCCUGGGCAAAUCUACAGGUGGUGUUUGCUGCGGUUGGGUUUUGAAAAAUAUGUUGCAAGUUUAGAUCAGCCGGAAGUGCAUCAGAAGCGCAUGGGCAACAUAGUGAUCCGCACGCAACAGCAGCAGCAGCAGCAGCAGCACCAGCAAGAGGCUACUGCCAAUGCGGCGCUCGGCGUCAGCAGUUGGAACAACUGCAUCCGCACCACCCAGUACACCUGGUGGAGCUUUUUGCCUUUGAAUUUAUUGUCGCAAAUUACCCAGCCUGCAAAUUUCUAUUUCUUUGUCAUGGCGAUUCUGCAGAUGGUGCCCGAAAUAAGUGACAGUGAUGGGAUGCCUACUUUUCUCUUUCCCCUGUGCCUCGUUAUGCUAAUUACAGCAGCAAAGGAUGCUUACGAAAACAUAAACAGGGCGCAGGCUGAUCGCGCGGAAAACCGCCGACUCUGCAGUGUAUGUACACCCCACGGCCUGCAGCAGGUGCUCUGGGAGAGUCUCAAGCCCGGCGACGUCAUCAAGUUGAAUGUUGAUGAGUCCGUGCCCGCCGAUGUGGUACUUUUGAAUUGUUCAGACCCCUGUGGGGUCGCUUAUGUAGAGACAGUGCAGCUUGACGGAGAAACGAACCUGAAAAACAAAACCUGCAUUCCAGCUGUAGCCAGAUAUGUCAAUAACGACGAAGACGCUGGAACUAUGAAUCUUGAGAUUCAUUACGAAGUGCCUUCCGCAGAACUGUACAAGUUCUCGGGCACUCUGCUGCUGCUGCCUUCUCCCGAACACAAAGCAGCAGCAGGAGCAGCAAGGAACGAGCACCAAAACACUCGAGGCAACCGCCACGCAGCAGCGUCUCCAGUGGUUUCGACCCACAGCAAUGGGGGGCAGCAUCCCUUGGACAAGCAGCAGCAGCAUCGGCGGACGAUGCAGCAACUGGGGACCACCCGAGGCAGCAAAUGGAACAACAGCAGCAACGUGAACGACAGCACGGUGCAAGAACCUCAAGACGCCCUUGUUGGUAUCAGUAGUGCUGCUGCUGGCUCCCCACACACCUCUCCGCAGCAGCAGCAGCAGUUUGCUGUGGACAUUUCCCAGUUUGUGUGGAGAGGGGCUACAGUGCGCUGCACAGAGUGGGCGUACGGUCUUGUUGUUUACACUGGCCACCAAACCCGAAUAAUGAAGAAUACAAAACAAAGAGAGCUCAAGUAUUCACGCACACAAGUGCUGUACAACCAACAUGCAGUGCUGCUGGCUGUUGCCCAGUUCAUAUUGUGCGCAAUAGCAGCAGUGGUUUAUGCAUCCAAAAACCAGCACCUGUCAGACAACGCAUGGUACUUGGAUACGCGUUGGGAGUCGGGACUGUCAAACUUCCUGACAUCCUUAGGAGUGGCAUUUGGUCGCUACGUGCUGCUGCUGAGUUAUUUCGUGCCUAUAACAUUACUAGUGCAGCUUGAGGUCAGCCGCUGGUGCCAAGCGAGCUUCUUAUCUGCUGAUGAGCGUAUGAAAGCUUCCAGCCGCAGCAGCAGCAGUGGCGUCUUGGGAGCCAGUAGGAGCGGCGCAGCGUCGGGAGAGGAAGGCGGGUCCGGCAGCAGCAGCAACAGCAGCAAGGGUGGCGCAGCAGCACAAUCUGUUGCUUUGAUGGAUGAGCUGGGAAGCGUCACUCACGUGUUUUCGGACAAGACAGGAACCCUCACUCAGAACCUCAUGCAAUUCAGGUGUCUAGGCAUCGAAAACGAGGUCUACGGAUACGAAGAGUUCGAAGAGGAGAAAUCGUUUGUAGUGUCGGAGAGCUGUAGUGAACUGCGUUGCAUGCGCUCUCGCGGCGCUUCUCUGACUUUGUCUGUCUGCGAAACUGAAGUGUUGAAGAAAGGAAAGAAGAAAGAUAAAGCAGCGAAAGAUGUGAAUGUGUCGCCCAAUGAGCACGUUGACUUUGACGCGAAGAAUUUCCACGAGAAAAUUGCAGCAGCUUCAAAAGAGCAUCAAAGAAAGGCUCGAGACGCUCUGAUGGUUUUGGCUUUGUGUCAUUCUGUUCUGCCGAAACCUUCGGCACCUCUGCCUGAGCGGUUGGACAUUUGCUGCACUGCGGAACCGGCCUCUGGAACUGAUGCUUCUGCAGCUGAUGCUGCUGCUCCAAGUGAUGGUACUGCAGGUGCUGAGGCUAGGGAAGCAGUGCUGCAGGUGCAGCAGCAAGAGCAACUACAAAAGCAUCAGGAACGAGACCAGCAGCAGGAGGAAAAGCAUCAGGAGGCGGUGGAUGGGGAGUUCCAAAAAGCGAAUCAGAGGGAAGAAGAUCAACAGACGCAGCAGGCACACGCACACGUGCAACUAUCGCCGGACGCGGAUUCACCUGGGAAAGCGCCAGCAGCAGAACCUGCUGUUGACGCCACUGCAGCAGGUUCUGCUGCUGUUGACGCCACUGCAGCAGCGCCAAGAGCAACGGCAGGGACUCCUGCUGUUUCUGCUUUGAAAAAGAGGGCCGUUUCUGUCCGUUCUGUAUCCCUCUUGCCGUCCUUCGAUUUGGAAGAUGGACCAAGAGGAGGAAAAAAUGCCGAAACUCAUGGAGGCGGCGACAGUGUUGCUUCUCGCGGAGGUGCUGCUGAAAGCGCUUCUCCACCCAUGCCUCACGUCUUUGACCCGCCGACAGAACACCAUGGAAGGACCUGCAGCAGCCGAAGCAGCAACAGCAGCAGUAGAGUGAGGGUGCGUGGCAGUACCAGUUACAGCAGCUGCUACAGCAGCAGCUACUACAGUGACAGCAGCAGCAGCAGCGAUCUCAGCAGCAACAACAGUGAUGGGGAGGACAAAGGUUUCUGCAAACCACGCGUUGGUGCUGCAGCAGGCCGCAGCUCCCGCUGCAGCAGCGCAAGGCUCAACAGCCUCCAGCGACAGUUCAGCACCAACAGCAACAGCGGCUUGCGGAAAACACACUGCUUUCGGUACAAGAGGGUACCAUCGCUGCAUAUGGAAGCACCACGCUUUAAACCUGGUGCAGCCGCUGGUGGCGCGCUUGACCCUUCGGUCAGAACUCCUUCUGCUCGAGAGAGCCCCUCUUUGCCAGACCCAGCAGCAGCAUUAGCAGCGGCGGGGCCGCAAGUGCCGACUGCAGCGUCGCCAUCAAUUAGUUUGCGGUCCCAGUUGUGUCCAGCUUCCUCUCAGCAGCAGCAGCAGCAGCAGCAGCAGCAGCAGCAGCAGGCAGACGUGACCUUAUGCCAUUUCCCCUUGGAGCUGGCAGCAGCCUACGACGCUUCCAGCCCGGACGAGCUGGCCCUGACAGCAGCAGCAAAGCACUUGGGGGCAGAAUUUGUUUGCAGGCCGAACUUGAACGCGAUCCAGCUAGCUGUGCGCUCCGAGCUAGCGGCAGAGGCUCUCCUGAGCGAUGCAGACCGUCGCCGCAUAGAAGCCCUAGCUACUGCCCACAAUGAGCAGCAGCAAAAGCCGCAGGACGUGGUGCCUGUAGUGAACAUAGAGCUGCUGGAGGUGCUUGAGUUCGACAACUACCGCAAGCGAAUGUCUGUCGUCAUCAGGGACCGCAACGGGCGGCUGCGGCUGCUUAUCAAGGGAGCAGACACAAGCGUCUUUGCUGUUGCUGCAGCAGGACAGGAGGAAGCAAUUGCUGCAUGCAAAAUGCAGCUGGGCGAGAUGGCGCAGAGGGGGCUCAGGACCCUCGUGCUUGGACAGAGAUUCAUAUCCGAGAGGCAAUUCGAAAAGUAUCAGAUGGAGCUGAUGGCGGCCAAGGACCAAACGGGAGAGAGCAAAGAGGCAGCAGUUGCUGCUGUCUUCGCCCGCAUGGAGAGAAAUAUUGAGCUCUUAGGCUGUACCGGCAUCGACGACAAGCUGCAGGACGAGGUGGUGGAAACAAUUGCAGACUUGAAAGCUGCUGGAGUCAAGGUGUGGGUUUUGACGGGGGACAAAUUGGAAACGGCGAUCAGCAUCGGCCACAGCUGCAGCUUGCUGACGGACUUCACAUACAAUGCAAUAGUAGAUGGAAAGAGCGCAGAGGCCGUCAGAGAGCAGCUCCACCAAUACAUGUCGUAUAUAGUGGCGGCCCAACUGGCGGCAGAUGCCUUUGAAGUCAUUGCACUGAAGGCUCUGCAACAACAGCCCUCCGAGGUCAGCGACGAGCAACACAGCAUUUCCCCCGAGCAGCAGCAGCAGCAACGGCGCGGCAUCCGCUGCAGUAAAUCCCCCGCUGUUUGCUUUAGGGCUCCCGGAGGCGGGGCCGACAGUGCGUCGGUGCACAGGGCUCGCAAAGCAGAGCCUCCUACGAUUCCUUGGGAGUCCUUCGUUAAAAUUUUGACAUUCAAUGCGACCAAGAAGGUCGUCAAGGCGGACCCAAAACAGCGUCGGAACAAGCGCCUUUCCCCGCAGCAAGUUGAAGACAUCGUCCAGGAGUACCUGGAGCACUUCGAAAGAGACAGCGAAGAGGGGAAAGCGCGGGAAAAGAAAAUGAAAAAAGAAGGACAGAGAAGGAAGAGUCUUUCUCGCAGUAAGAGCAAGAGGGACGAGGCCUUGGCAGCUGCGGCAGCUGCGGAUCCGGGCGCUGCUGCACCAGCUGCAGCAGGAGUAGCGUCCGAGGAGCCAACGCUCAGACAUGCAACCGGCGGCGCAGCAGCAGCAACAGAAACAGAAGAGGAGCAGCAGCUGAUCUGCCGAUCUACUACGGACAAGAGCACAACUGACAGACUUAACCCCUCCAGCACGUCCAUUGAGAUUCCGGCAGUUCAGGGAUAUCAGGAGUGUGCUAUUACAAUAACUGGGGAGGCUUUGACGCAUGCGCUGUCAACAGCAGAAAACAGGCGAUACUUCUUUGGCUUGGCUUCUCUUUGCAAUACCCUCAUUGCUUGCAGAGUCUCGCCGAAGCAAAAGUCGGAGGUCGUACACUACUGCCAGAGGUACCAAAGCAACACAGUAUCCCUAGGCAUAGGAGACGGAGCUAACGACGUGGGCAUGUUAAUAGCAGCAAAUGUAGGCGUGGGCAUAAGAGGCAAGGAAGGGCUACAGGCUGUACGCGCAGCAGAUUUCUCCAUUACUGAAUUCAAGUACUUGAAGAACUUGCUGUUUUGUCACGGGGCUGAGGCUCUUCGCCGCAACUCAUUCCAAAUAUAUCAGACGAUAUGGAAGAACGUGGUUUUCGGGUUGGCAGAUUUCUUUUACGCCUUUGUCUCGGCCUGGUCGGCCGCUGACCUGUUUAAUUCAUGGCUUAAACAACUCUUUAAUGUGUUGUACACCACACUGCCCGUGGUACUUUACUCCAUCUUCGACAGACAGCUGCCGAUGGAGGUCACCCUGCAAACUCCAGUACUCUACCCAGCUUUUGCGAAGCUGGGAGUCCAGCGGUUUGCAGGUGCGGGUUUAUUUUGGCGCUGGUUCGUCUACGGCUUGUUCACAGCAUGCUGCUGUGUCUUUAUUCCUCUCUACGGGCUGGGGUGGGGUGGCGUAAACCUUGGAAACGAUGGUCAUUUGAGCCUCACAGUUCGGUUUGAAGGCAGUUGCGUUUUUUGGGUGAUAAUUGUGGUGUGCAACUUGAUUAUCAUUCCAUACCUGCACACGUGGUUUUGGUUUAUAUGGCUAGCAGUGUUCUUGGACUUUGGAUUCUGGUUUUUGUCCGCGGGAGUUUGCCCUUUGGUCCCUGGAGAAUACUGCCCCGAUUUGUACGGAGCCCUGCGAGCGACGCACAUCUUCAGCCGCCACUACUUCGCAGUGGCUCUAGCGGUGGUGGUGGUGCUGUUGCCUCCUUUCCUGAAUUGGUUUUAUGAGACAAUGUUUCGGCCUUCUGCCCAAUGCAUUAUUCGAGAACGCAUUGCCUUAGGCGUAUUUGACGUUGUAGUCGCCCCGAGAGGAAACGCAAAGACAGUUGUUGUGGUCCCGAAAACUCGCAGUGAAGAAUGGAGAGGAUACGCAUUUGCUGAGCAGGACCGUACUCGUCUGGGGCACCACCGUCUGUCUCUGAUGCACUACAGCAGCAGCGCACUGCCGCAGAACUCCGCUGGAAUGGAAGCAGCAGCAGCUGCUGCUGCUGCAUCUGCUUCGCGGCUCAACAAGGGCUUGUCACAACAGAACAGCAGCAGCUUGCGGGCAGGCAGCAGCUGCGGUACGUUGCCGCUUUUGCCAGCAAGCAGGCGCUCUCAGUCUGCUGCUACGAACGCAGCGCUGCGCAGCACGUGA